AGACUCUGCUCCCACAGCUUUGUAGGCUGUUUGGUCACACACGCACACUAACACACUCACACAGAAUAAAAUACUUACAAAGGGAGCCAAGUUAAUGUAAAUUGCACUUUCCCCACUGUUUUUUUCCAGCUAUGGUUGCCUGUAGCCAGACUUAAGGAGACACAGCCUGGAGGAGGGAGAGGAAAAGAGAGAGAGAGAGAGAGAGAGAGGGAGAGAGAGAGAGAGAAAUAGAGAGUGUGUUGAUCUGCAGCCCCCAGCCUUCCCUCUGUUGCUGCUACAGUACGUGUGGAAGGAGGAGAGAGGGGAGAGAGAGGCGGCGGAGGCAGUGCUGUUGUUCGUCUCUGACACUUGAAGGGGAAGAAGAGAAGAACGCUGUGAGCCGUGUGGUGAAGAGAAGAGCCAGUCGGUUCCUCUGGUAUGUGUCCAGUGUGAGUGAGUGACAAGGUCUACAACACUACGCACCUCCGCUGCUGUCUGAGCAUCCUUUCAUCACCAGGACUCUGACACCAGCCACACAAACAGGUAUACUUGUGUCCACAGAAGCGGCCCGUGUAGAGGAGCAUGUUGUGACAGCCAUGUCUCUGGAGAUGGAGAAGACCAUCACCAAGCUGUUGUAUGACUUCCAAAGGAACUCCACUUCUGACGAUGACUCUGGAUGUGCACUGGAGGAGUACGUCUGGGUUCCUCCUGGCCUCAGUCCUGAGCAGGUGCAUCAGUAUUAUAACUCCUUACCAGAAGAGAAGGUCCCCUACAUAAACAGCCCUGGAGAGAAGCACCGCAUCAAACAAUUGCUGCAUCAGUUGCCGCCACAUGACAAUGAGGUGCGUUAUUGUAACGCGUUGGAUGAGGACGAGAAACGAGAGCUGAAGCUCUUCAGCAACCAGCGGAAAAAGGACAACUUGGGAAGAGGCAACGUUCGUCCUUUCCCUCUCACCAUCAAUGGGGCCAUUUGUGACAAGUGUGGGGGUCAAAUAAACGGAGGGGACAUUGUGGUCUUUGCAGCACGGGCAGGUCAUGGACAAUGCUGGCACCCCCAUUGCUUUGUUUGUGGCAUGUGUGAGGAACUAUUGGUGGAUCUCAUCUACUUCUACCAGGACGGAAAGAUCUUCUGUGGCCGGCACCAUGCUGAGAGGCAGAAGCCUCGCUGCUGCGCCUGUGAUGAGAUAAUCUUUGCUGAUGAAUGCACUGAGGCAGAGGGCCGGCACUGGCACAUGAAGCACUUCUGUUGCUACGAGUGUGCGACCACUCUCGGCGGUCAGCGCUACAUCAUGAAGGACGGGCGGCCACACUGCUGCAACUGCUUCGAGUCCCUUUACGCAGAGUACUGUGACGCAUGUGGAGAGCACAUAGGUAUUGACCAAGGCCAAAUGACGUAUGAUGGUCAGCACUGGCACGCAACUGAGGAAUGUUUUUGCUGUGCUCGUUGCAAGCGCUCCUUGCUGGGCCGCCCCUUCCUGCCAAAGCAGGGUCAGAUCUUCUGCUCACGUUCCUGCAGUGCCGGGCAGGAUCCAGAUGAGUCCGAUUCUUCAGACUCUGCCUUCCAAAGUGCCCGUUCUCGUGAAUCACGCCACAGCACCAAGAUUGGGAAAAAGGAGCGCAGAAAUGCUGAGCAGGAGCGGAGGAGUGGGGAAGCACGCCAGUCGGCUCCUCCACCCAUGCCCGACCGCCUGUCUGCUGAAAGUGAUCCCCUCUCUGGACAGAUGGACCGUUUGAGCCUCUCAUCGAGCCAGACCCCGAGCAGGACACCUAACCGCACCCCCAGCCGCACUCCUAGCCGUGCCCCAAGCCUUAACCAGGUGUGGAUGAGCCGGGAUGAGCCCUAUGUCCCUGCUGCAUAUGAGGGCCCCCAGCUGGCACCCUCCCCCACACCAGCACCUAUACAUAUGCUGGGUCAGUGUAACCUCAGGCAGGGCUACAAUCCCAACCCGAACUCUCAUCCUCCAGCUCAGACUCCAGCAAACCCGGUGAAGAGGCCAGAUUCCUGGGGAAAGGAACCAGGCAACGCCAAGAGGGCCCCUAUGGCCGCUUUGAGGGGACACUCCUUUAAUGAGAACUGGACCCAUCACAGCCAGGAUGAGUUCAGGCCCAAUAAGCUACGCACCCAGAUGAGCUUCAACGAGAUGUCUAGCCAGGGUCAGGGCUUCUCUGACAAAAGGAGCAUCAGCUUGCAUGGAUUCCAGAGAGAUGGGAGACCCCCGCUGACCAGGAGGAACCCCAUCAACGCCAUGAGCUUCAAUGAGCCCCUCACUCCUCUAGAACAGACUCCUCGUGGCUCAGUUGACUCCCUCACUGUGUCUAACGCUACAGGUAACUCUCUGGAUGGGGUCAGUAAGCGGCAGGAGCAUUUGUCUCGGUUCUCUAUGCCUGACCUGAGUAAAGACUCAGGUGUGAAUGUGUCUGAAAAGAGCAACAUGGGCACCCUGAGUUCCUCGGUCCAAUUCCACAGUACAGAGUCGCUGUCCUCCUCUCGCCCUUACAACAAUAACAUGUACACACCUCUGAGGGUGGGCUACCCGCUGCAGUACUGGGAUGGCCCGCAGCCACUCGGCUUUGAUGGAAAAGGUCGUGUUGGGGUGAUGGGCAGCAGUGGAAACCUGCGGAUGGCACCAAUGAGUGACAGAAUGCCCCGCAGACGCAUCAAUGGACAAGAACCUGUGACGCAGCAACAGCAACCACAACCAAGACGGCGCAAACACCAUCGUGGAAAUCACGGAAAUGGUCAGCACCGCAGUGGCCGCCACCACAAACGCUCUCGUCGCUCCCGCUCUGACAAUGCCUUGCACCUUGUGGCGGACCGGCCUGCUCAGAUGGUAGAACUGCCCUACCGUCGCGUCCAAGAGGAUUACGAUCGCUUCCCCUCUGGUAACGCCGCUCGGGAGUUUCUUGGUCUGGAGCCAGGAGGGUACAGACAGCCGCCUCACAGGCCUUGCCCCCGCACCACUUCAGAUCUCACCCUGCAGAAUGCUGGCUGGCAACCUGUGGGGAUGGGUGGGCCAUGCUGGGGUGACGGCUACAUGGAGGCUGCUGACCCCUGGUGCUCCAGCUGCUCUUCUUCUUCUGAGUCAGAGGGAGAUGAGGGUUAUUUCCUCGGUGAACCAAUCCCUCGGCCCGUGCAGCUUUGCUACCUCAACAACGAGGAGCUGCGCCAUCGCUACACUCCCACUGGGAUAGGUGGCCAUCAUGGACCUCUGCAUGGACCGAUUCAUGGCCAGAUGCACAACCGCCAGAGGAGGAAGAGCAAAAACUGCAUAAUUUCCUAGAUUUAGAGCAAAGAGAUGGCGAGGGAUGAGUAGAGGAGUGAAAGAGAUGAGAGAGAGAGAGGGUAAGGAGACAGAUACAGGAACAGAGAGGUGGAACAGAGGGAGUGGGAAGGUGAGAGUGAGACAGUUGUCAGUGAGAUUGAAUAUCGAGAGUGUGUCUGUGUAUGUGUGUGUGUGUCGGGGUUGAAGAGAGAAAAAGCCUAUUUUAUGUGCUUGUGAGCUUACACAACUCACUCCGGGUAGUGUUUGUGUACACCUACACAGAAUGAUCUAAUCAUAAGAGGAAGCUCAGCUGGCUUACACAACAGAAAUGUUUACAAUGAAAGAAAUCAACGCCUCUGAUGGUACCAGGAAGCACUGAUGAAUUUGGCCACAAAGUUUGCGGUGGUCCAAGAAAAUAAGAUGUAUGUGCGUGUCUUUGCGUGUCUUCAUGAAAACAGAGAGAAUGAACAAUUCCUUUACAGUCUGAUAAGGAAAGUAAAACUGAUCAGACCACAGUGAUCGGACCGUCCAUGUCGCAGCUCAGUGAUCCAAGCCCUGGGCAAUAAAACGUAUUCUAUGUGGACAAACCAGAAAUUGUGUUGGGAUAGUGAAAGUUACGUGCUAGAUUCCAAGCUAUGUCAUUGUUUACCUCAGUGGAAUCCAAAUGCUGCUGGAAUAUAGUGUUGGCUCGCUAGCCCCGUUAUCACCUUGUACAAAUAGUCUGUUGAACUUUGUGCUCUACAUAGCCAGAUCUCCAUGCUUAACCAAGGACAGAGAGCCAGACAGCCUCUGCUCCUUGACCAUUCAGGCACAGUAACGUCAGGUAUGGUCCCGUUUUAUCUUCUGCAACAUGCUUUGUAUUUUGAGAGUUACCUAUAGAUGAGUAAGAAAUAAUAAUAACGCUAACAAUAAUAAUAAAAAUGCAAAUAAUAAUUAUAAUAGUAUUAAAGAAUAAUACCUGUUAAAUGUAUAUAUAAUAAUAAACUUAAUAAAGUUAUGGUUGUAGUAAUGUAAAUGUUAUGUACAUAUUGUCUUAAAUAUUUAUAUAUUUUGUAACUAAAGAAUCAUUAUUUGUAUAACAUGAUGUAGAGAUAGGGAGACUUGCAUGUUAAUUUGUUGUUGUUGUCUCAUACUGAAAAUAAAGUGUACUUCAAUGAAUA